AUGGUGAGGAAACCAAUGAGGGUGAUUUCUCUGGUCUUCUACUCCCUCUCCUUGAUCCUCGGCGUUCCUGGAAAUGCAUUUGUCGUGUAUGUUGCUGGAAUGAAGAUGAAGAGGACCGUUAAUACAUUAGGGUUUCUCAAUCUAGCGAUUGCUGACCUCUUGUGCUGCCUUUCCACUCUUUACUAUUUGGCACAAAGAUCUCUUCAUGAUCACUGGCCGUAUGGAUCCAUCAUGUGCAAGACUUUCCACUUCGUUAUGCUCAUCACUAUGUUUGCCAGCAUUUUCACCUUGAGCUUGAUUAGUCUGGAUCGGUUUUCUCAGGUGAUCACACCGGUUUGGGCUAAAAAUCAUCGCAGCCUGUUAAUUGCACGACUGUCCUGUGCAGUGGCCUGGCUUCUGGCUUUAGUUCUUAGUCUGCCUUUUAUGAUGUUAAGAGAGACUUUGACAGAAAAUAACACAACAUCCUGCCUUCAUCAUCAACUUGAUGAUGACAACUUUAAAAUGUAUUCAAGGUUAAGCAUCAUCAGAUUUGUGUUUGGCUUUUUGAUUCCUCUCAUAUGCAUCACAACAUGCUAUGGAUUCAUCGCACGAAAGUUAGGCAGGAGUCAUUUUCACUCUGGACGAGCGUUUCGCAUCAUGUUGGCCGUAAUUGUGGCCUUUUUUCUGUGCUGGUUGCCAUAUCACACAGUGGAUUUGAUAUUAAUAUAUGGAGGGGAAUCAAGUGUCUUGGCAGCUUUGGCAGUGGAUCCGCUGGCCAUCUCUUUGGCGUAUAUCAACAGCUGCCUGAACCCCAUUCUGUAUGUUUUCAUGGGACAGGAUUUUAAAAGCAAGAUUAAACUUUCUCUUAGACGUGUUUUUGAAAGAGUUUUCUCUGAGGAGGGAACACAAGUCUCACGAUCCACCCAGUCUCAACAAAUGCACUCAUUGUAGUGCUGAUAUCAACUCAUUUAUUCAUGCAUUUUCCUUUGCCAGAUCUAUGCGCUUUCAAACAAGGCACUUUCCACUUGUUUUGAUAUUUUGUUUUCUG